GCUGACUGACCAUGGGACUGUCUUAUAUUCUCGAAUCAGAAAAGAAGAAAGAGAAAGAAAAUAAUCAAAUAAAGAAAAGAAAGACAAAAGAAUAAGAAUUCUUUAGUAGUUGUCGGGUAUCACAUCAGAGUCGGAGCAGACACUCGAUUGGAAAAGUUUCUCUCAUUUUUGCCUCCCCAGGGUCGAAUUGACGAGAAGGAAGGAUUGGAUAGAUUCGAUCUAGUCGAUGGAUGAGUUUGAAAUGUCUUUUCGAUCGAAUUAAAAACCUGUCCGAACGAACAUUCCAAACAAAGGUUGGGUUCCUUGUCUGUGCUUCCACUCCACCGGUUGAUCCUCUUACUCUACUCUUUACUCUUUUUAUCUCUAUCUUCUUUUUCUUUUUCUUCUUCUUUUUCUUUUCUACUUCCACACUCGUCAUCCUUUCUUUCCUCUUCUUCCUCUCUUCUCCCCUCUAUCUUACUUUCCCUUCUCCCUCUUUGUACCCAUUUCCCCUCAUAUCAGGCUCACCGCGUCCAUCCUUCCCAUCCAACGGGCAGCGAUUGACUGCAGCAACGCUACUCCGUACUGAGCUGUCAAUCUCCAGCUGUUCGACUCGGCAUCCACUGACGGGCUCCACGUCUUUGCUCUUACCUGCCCACCUGCCCUACCGCCUGCAAUUCUCCUCGCUCCUACAGUUCCCCCAUUCCUCCUGCUGUUCCUGCGGUUCGCUUUAGUACAUACUUCCCCAACCGUGGUCCCUUCCGCUUCGCUUCCUUCCUCACGUCGGGUCGCCUUUUUCACCGCCACGGCCACGUCGGCCCUCGCUUCUCGACCUUAAAGACUCAUCCCAGUUCAUCGCCGGACUACUUUCGAGAUCUUCCCCCCCCGGAUCUUUUCUUUCUGCUUUACUUCUUUUACUGCUCCACCGUCUUUGAUUUCUCCGAAUUCAGACCAACAGGACAGUUG